AUGAUGAACGAUUCCUAUACUUAUUCCUCCGACGUCGAAGUUCACGUAAUACCUCACCCAUCCAAACCCACAACUUGGCACCGCAACGUCGACAUCGAGGACAACGAUGACGACGACGGCGACGACGACGACGACGACGACGCGUCGCCACGCGUACCUCUGGCCACGAUCGAUCACGAUUCCACACCACGACGUCAACCGCGAACUACGCCAGGGAUAGGGAUGGGGACUCCUUUGUUCCUUCUUUCUUCACCUGCUUCGUCGCCCGUUCAGUUUGGCACAUGGGAGGGGGUUGGGAUGGAUAAAGGCAAGGGCAAGGGCAAGAGCAAGGAGGUGGUGCAGAUUGACUUGUUGGACGAGUCGUCGGAUGAGGAGCGGGGGAUCACACAGGGAGCUAUGAAAGUAUUGUCGAGUGAAUCCAGUAGCGACGAUGGAGAAGCCAUCGUCGUUCAAGGAUCGUCUAGACGACCGCCGCAGAGGUCAGUUCACGUAAAGUCACGUGGGGCUCACCCACAGCGGCGACGAGGAACUGACGACCCACGUUUGUACUUGAAUCAGGACCGCAUCUCUUCCAGUCCGACCACCCACAUCAGACGAGGAUGGUGAACUGCCUGAUCCAGCUACGCUUGGAUUCGCACCUUCGAGGAGUAUUUAUCUUGGACCCACCGUCGGACCCAGUCGAGCGGGUCCGGCCGCUUCCACUUCCAGUGUCAGUCCCGGCUUCAUUCUACGGUCCAGGCUGGGGAUGCAUCCAACUGAUGCAAACUACCUUGAUAAUCUCCACCAACAAAACAAAAACAAAAAGGCUCGUCGACCUCCUGUUCCAAACCCAUUUCGAGACGCACCACCAUUACCACCCGCACUCGCAGCUCGAAGGUCCGGUUCAGGAUCGGCGUCGGCGAUCCUCUCCAUGUUGGAUCACUUGCCGGUCUAUCACAAAGCCAAGUCGUCGUCGUCGACGACGAAACGCAAACGCAAACGAGUCGGCAUAUACGACGACGACGACGAUGAAGAAGGAGAAGCGACCACGACCGAUUCCUCCGAAAUUGAUGAAACUUCGGCCAGUUUUCGUGGCCCACCUCGUCAGUUCAUCAUGAAUAAUGAAGGUGGGCCUGUUGUGGAAUUGGAUUGGAGGGAAGAGACGAGGGUUUGGGAGAAGGAGAUGAGGGAGGAGAUGGCGGGGAAGAAGAAGAGGAAAAAGGAGAGGGAGAGGAGGAAGAGUGAAGAGGGGAAGAGGGAGAGGGCUCAAGCGAAGGAGAGGGAGAGGGCGGUGGCGGUGGCGGGGAAUGCGAAACGCAAAGUGAGUUAUCUUUGAACUUUCAAACGGUAUAUCCUCAGGUUGCCGGGGGGUGUUUUCUGACGUGUCGAGUCUGUGAAUGCCUUGCACCAGGCUUCGACGCUCUCGCUGGACGAAAGGGCAACGGUCAAAGCAAACAAAGCCGCCGAGAAGGAACGCAAAGCGGUUGAAAAAGCCCGUUUGGCCAAGGAGAAGGCCGCGCUCGUCAAAGCCAACAAUUUGAGGGCCGGUGAUAAGGCGACGACCGUGAUGGAGUUGACGAUCCAUCUUUCGGGGUCCGAUUUUGAUCAGCUUUCUGAUACGGAGGAUGAGGAGGAAGAAGACGGAGGUGAAGGGGGCAAGAAGAAGAAAAAAGCGAAGAAGGGGAAGAAGAGCGAGCAGCCUCAAUGGAUGAACAUCGCCAAGCUUCUACAAACGCGCAUGGAUCCGCAAGGAUGUGUCGUCGAAUCUCCCGAGACGCCGAGGAGGGAUAUAGGAUGCGAAGGCGCGAUUCGUUGGACCAGGUGGUGCGAUCGCAGGUGGAAUAUGGAGAAGAGUAUAUUUGAGCCGCUGGGGGAAGGGAAUGAGCUUGUGGUCGAGGAGGACUCGAGGUUGAUUUAUAUGUGAGUUAUUUCCUUCCUUGAUCAAAAGAAGGAAGGGCAAAGCUCAUGUUUGUUGUUCGAAUGUGUUCCCAGUUCGGCCCUGCAACUCUCAACCCAAAUCGCAAACAAGACCCUCCUGCGCAACCUCCAAAAAAUUCAAGAGCGCAUCGGCGCCCAUUCCCAAAUCAUACUCAUGCAUUACGGGUUGAACUCGUUGUAUCGCGAGAUGGAGAAUGCGAAACAAGCGGCGUAUAGGGAGGAUACGAGAUUGAGGUUGGAUAACGUCCCUUUGGCUGGACCGAGUGCGCCGAGGAGCGUGGGGAUUGGGGAGAAGCAGCCGGAAAAGGAGGUGAUUCAGAUGGAGUUGUUGAGGUGAGCUUUCCCGGUUGGGUGAAUGGAUAAAUGCGAAACUGAGUCUUGUUCUGGCGUGCGAGGGACAGGGUUCAAUCCCAGAGUCGGUGCUUUAUGAUCGCCGUCAACUCGGUCGAAGAAGCCGUCGAUUGGAUCGAGCAGUUGACGUACGACGUCAGUCAGAAGCCUUAUCAGUACGUCUGUUAUCGCAUAUUCCUAGGACCCCGGGAGGAAAUUCUGACGUGUUUCGCCACUAACUUUUACAGGCGCCAGAAGAACAUGCACAUUGCCGCUUUAGGGACAGGGGAAGAUAAAUUUGCUUCGGGUUCGAAUUUGGAGGAUACGUACGUCAAGAUGUUGGCGACGUUGAAGAGUGUCACGGAACCGUGAGUUCGAGGAACCGAGCAAACGCGAGGAGUUCAGAGUACUGAAUUUGACGAUCCUCGAUUCAGUGUCGCCAAGGGAAUCGUGGGGCAUUAUCCGACGAUCAAGGAUCUCUACGACGGGUGGGCCAAGUUGCCGUCGGGGGAGAGGAAGAAUAUGCUCGUUGGGAUCGGGGUUCGUGUGUUGCGUUGUUGCCUACUUGGGCUUCGCAUCAAGCUGACCCGAUGGAUUCCUGAAACAGCGCGGGAGUAACGUCACAGGUGUGGCGACGAACCGAACGAUCGGGGCCAAGUUGUCGGAAACGAUCUACAAGAUCUUCUGCAGCGGUGAGUGGUCCUCGGCUAGGCCAACGUUGAUGCUUGAAGCUGAAGAUUUGGUGAGGUUAUUGUUGGCUCGCAGAGGAUCCUGGCAUGUUUUUAUGA